AAACAACAAGGUCCAAUCUGGACUAACCGUAUACCGGCAUCUACAGCGGUCCGUGAAAAAAUGCUCACGUAGCCAUACAAACGUCUGCGCCGGAACUCAGGGCGAACAACUCUUUACCGUUGCGUAACUUGGCCGUGGCUGCAGCUGCCUACUGCCAGUUACCGGUGAAGAUGUCGUCUGGGAAGGACACUUACCGUGAAGCCAGUCGGCUUUUGUUUCUUUGUAUCAUGUGGUAUUUCAGCAGUUUGGGACAAAAUGUCAUCAAUAAACAUUUAUUCAAGGAAUUUCCCUACCCAACGACGGUUUCCAUGACUCAUAUGUUGGCAGUUGCAAUACUUUUGGAACCAGUUUUGAGACUCUGGAAUGUGCCUGCUCCGGAAGUCAUUGACAGAAAACAUUUCUACAUUUUGAUUUUACCUCUUGCAUUUGGAAAAUUCUUUUCAUCAGUCUCAGCGGAAUUUAGUAUUCUUAAAGUAUCAGUAUCUUUUGCACACACCGUUAAAGCCACUAUGCCAAUAUUUACAGUUAUAUUAUCAAGGCUGGUCCUAGGAGAAAAACAAACAACAAAGGUAUAUUUAUCAUUAUUUCCUAUCAUCUGUGGUGUGAUGAUCGCAACCCUGACAGAACUUUCGUUUGAUGCCCUCGGUCUCAUAGCAGCUCUGAUAUCCACCAUCACCUUUGCCCUUCAAAAUGUAUAUUCCAAAAAGGCUCUAAGAGAUCUACAGAUCCAUCAUCUACGGCUGCUCCUUAUGCUGGGACAGCUAGGUGCCCUUAUGCUUCUUCCUAUAUGGUGUUUCCUAGACUUCCGAAGAAUCAUUGUCGAUAGGAAAGUGCUUACAACCAUCAGUUGGUCCUACACCCUCUCUUUACUGUUCUUCAGUGGUCUUCUAAACUUCUCCCAGAACAUCUUCGCAUUCAGUGUCCUCAACUUGGUGACACCCCUCAGCUACUCCAUCGCAAACGCUUCCAAGAGGAUCUUCGUGGUCCUCAUGUCCCUCAUCAUGCUUCGGAAUCCAGUCACGCCCCUCAACGUAAUCGGCAUGACAACGGCCUUGCUUGGGGUCACGUGUUAUAAUCUAGCCAAGUUUGAUCAGACCAGGUCACGGAAUGUCCUUCCGAUGGUGACCUCUGACCUCGUCGACGGGCGUAUCCUGACGGAGCGCGAGAAGUCCAACGGUCACGCCUACCAUGAUGUAUGACGCCAACUGAGAAGGGGUAUUAGCCCUACCUUGAGAGCGGGACGCAAGAACGAAGCCAGGAUUUAUGAUGUUUGAUCUCUUGUGAGUUAGCCUGAAGCUUGGCAUACAGUAACCUGGCCUGGGAUUUUCUCUCUUUAUCCUCUGCACCCUCCUUGUUGAAAAUCUUAUCUUAUUUCAGCCCUUUAAAAAAAAAAAUUUCUUGCUGUGAGGCAGGCAGGUGAUAACUCUGACAGGGAUCUUAACAAAUGUCCUAACCAGUUUCCGCAUCAGAUUUUAGUGGGAAACCUCUUUUUUCACUUUCCAAUCCUCCACUUUCUCCAUAGACUAAAACAAGGGAGGAUCUAGAAAUGGCUGAGAAAUCCUGCUUUUAGGGGGAAUCCUCGGCUUCUUUCCCUUUCCAGUCCUCCACUUUCUCUCUAGAUAAGAAAAUGGAUGAUAGGGAAGGGAAAUGCAAAUCUGUGUAAUCCCACAUUCAGCAAACCCAGGACAUGACUUUUGUUAAGGUACCUGGUGCCUGUGCCCCGUAGCACAAAGGUUUGCAAUUGAUUGCAUAUAUGAGAGAACAAUUUUGAUUGGUUCCUGGUCAAUGUUGUGAAUUAAAUGCUUAUGCAACAAUAAUCUUGAUUGGCCAUUGCCUUUUAGUGAUUGAUUUCAAACCUUUGUGUUAGAGGGGCACUGCCUAAGAGAAGUCGAUAUACCAGGCUCACUGUGCUAUUGUAUGCAAGGUUGCAGGCUUCUCCAUCUGAAUAGUUGGAGAUGUAUAUUUUUUUUUAUUUCCAAAGCUUUUCAGAUAUCUGUCCAUCCACAAUGUUAUGAUUUGUUUUUAAUUUUGUAGAUAUCUCUAACCCCAAGUAUUUGCCAAUUCAAACUAUUCUAGUAACUUCUGAAGGUUUCCAUGGCGAGCAGUUAAUCAAUGUUGGGGCUUUAUGGUACGCCAUUUGUCGCCAUAUAUAUAUAUUUAUUUGGGGGGGGGGCGGGGGCUCAUGUAGGUGGCUCUUUCCAGAAUUAAUAAUUCAUAGUGUAAUAUUCCUAUCUUGAAUAAUUAAUGAAUUUUGUCCUUUCAAUCUCAGAAGUGACCAACCUGAUUUUGACCAGACCCUGUUUCGGUCUACAAUUUCAGUACUACUGUACAGAUCAAGAACCAUGUAUAUUGCAUUGUAAUUUACUGUAUUAAUAAUGCAUAUAUUUAAUCAAGAAUUAUUGAUGGUUUCUUACCAUCCUUAUCCUAUUUUCAGCUCCAGAGGGCAGCAAACUUCUUUUGUAACCAACUGACUUCCAGGGCUCUUUUAAAUACACAAAUAUUUGUUACGGGUUUUAAAGUGACAUUGGGCAAUUAACAGUAUUGUUUGUGCUUAUCAUUCAAUAAUGAUAUUAAUAAUCUGAGAUUAUCACGAAUUGAGAUGUGAUUGAGGGAUUUUGACAAAUAUAACACCUCCCCCCGACCUGCAAAAUGUAAGAAAACUUAUAAAAAGAUAAAAAUUGCACAUAAAAAUUUAAGUGGAUGGCAGUAAAAGAGAGAAAAACAAAUGUAUAUGGUUUCACCAGAAUUUUCUGAGCGUCAAAACUCUCGUUGGUACCCCUUCGAUGACCAAUUUGUAAAUAGUAAAGCAAAAUGAAGAGUGCUAUUUAUUGUAAAUAUUUCUAUUUUGGUAGCGUAUAUAUUUCUGACCUUAGCAACAAGGUUUUGACUGCUAUUACAUGACCAGUAUUAUCAUGCCAGUUAAUCAUUCUAUAGUUUAUAUACGUCAGAGCAAUAGAUUCAUAAUUAGUAUAGUAAGACAGUAAGGGCAUUUUUUGGUAUGCCGCUGUAUUGUGAUAUCGUGUGGAGUGAAUGUAAUAUAGGUAGUUUUGUGUGAAUAUGCUUGGUGAAAUCUGGGCCCUGUCUUACAAAGAGUUAUGAUUGAUCCCAUCAAUCUCAAAUGUAUGGAAAUCCAUCAUUGUCAUAAUUUUUUCUUUAGGAAAUUUGCUCAAUGUCCAUUGAAAACAAAGAGAAGCAUACUGAUUUGUCAAGAAAACAGUAAAUGUAUGAAUAUAGGUCAUUUCUAGAAAAUAUUUUGAACAAACAUGUAUGUUAGAUGUUGAUCUUGCUGGCUUUCCAUAGUUGCAAUUGAUCCGAUCAAUUGCAACUCUUUGUAAGACGGGAUCCUGAAUUGUGCUGCAGGGGAAGUAACAUCGGAAUUCAUCAGAAGACAAGAUUUUAAAGAUAUGUGAGAACUGCUUUUUCUGAGCAGAAUAUCUGUAGUUAUAGUACAUAAAUAAUCAUUUUGUUGAUCUUGCUAUAUUUUGUAUUUUUUUGUGUGCUCAGUUUAAGGUGGAAACGGGCACAGAGAGAUGUUUCACGAAUCUUAAAUGAAUGUACAUGUAACAUAAAUCAGUUUUAGUUGAUGAAAAAAACCCAAGAGUUCCAUCUCAGACCAGGAGAGCAUUUCAUGAAGUGUCUUAUGAGUGACAUUGACUGACAAAAUGAAUCUUAGCCAAUCAGAUGCAAGGAUUUCAGUACCUUAUAACAGAUGCCAGUGGAAAUCACUGAAAACUUUUUCUCAUGAAACAGUCCUGGUUGUGUCUAUGGGAACUCUUGUAUGUAUAAACUCUUAAUUUUAAGUCUAAUGUGUGAAUUUACUUUAGGGAGUUACAUUUGAAGUACCUAUUUUGUAAAAGGCAAGAGGAAAAGUGGAAGAACAUUUUUUUCAGUUACAUUUUUGCUUGUUCUCAAACCUUUAUGCAUGAUGGACAUGAAUAUGUUGUGUUCUUGCUACAAUAAAUGUGGGAUUUUUUUUCUUCAAUUAUUAUUCCUAAUCAUGUGAUGAAUUUGUUCUGAAUAUAAUCAAUUUCUUAUUCUUAUACAAUUAUGCCAUUGCAUCAGAGCAAUUAUACAAAAAUUAUCAAUGAAUAUUAUUAAUGAGAACAUUUGAGAUUCAUGUUUAUCUGUGAUUCUAAUUUCUUUUAUUUACUGUAAAUGUACCAUUUUUUUUCUUAUUUAGGAGCUAGAUCAGAGCAUUUUUAUCCAUUCUGCUGUUUUAUAAUGUGAAAAUAGAAAAUGGUAUUCACGAAUAAUGCACCUUUAUUGCCUAGUGCCCAACAAAUAAGGAUUUAGUUCUUGUUAUGUAUAAAUGUAUACUUGCUUAUUGUCCUUGGGGGCCGUUUCAUAGAGCUGUUCGUAAGUUAUGAGUGACUUUAAGAAUGACUGGUGAUCCUUUCUUGUGUUAAGUGAUAUUCACCAUUAAAUGUUCAUUGGUGAUCAUUUAGCGGAUAAGAAAGGUUCACCAGUUUUCAAAGUUGCUCUUAAUUUACUAUUAGCCUUAUGAAACACCCACCAUGGGCCAUAAUACAUAAAGCUGUUCAUAAGUUAGGCAGGACUGGUGAUCCUUUCUUGUGUUAUAUGAAAUAUCCCAAAGUUCAUCGUUAUGGCAGUGAACCUUCUAGAAUUCUGAUCAAAUGUUGGCAGUCAACACACUUUGCAUUAAAUGCUUAUUAACAACACGAAUUUCAAUCUGAAAAGACGGGACUUCAACUUUAGCUGAUGGGGAAAACAAAUAGGAAAUCUGAUUUAGGAGAAGGAAGGGUCAUCAGUUGUUUGUAAAAUCAUGUAUAGUUUACAGUUUUAUGAAACUCUACCCUGUAAAAGUUUUGAUGUUUAUAUUCAUGUUUAGAUGGAAAGGAAGAGAAAAUCUGGAGCAGUGUAAUAUAAAUUGUAUAUCCAAUUCAGGAAUGCAAAAUUCAACAAUAUUUUGUUACUGAAUGUGACUAUUAUUUUUUCUCUCUUUUCUAUUGUGGUAAGCAGGUGUUUAGAUGCAUACUGUGCUAACUUGCCUUUUGUAACUCUUCUGAAAGAUAGAUACACCUUUUGUAGUUAUGAUUGUAAAGUUAUUUAUAAUUUUGGAGAAUGCUUUCCCACUUCAUCUCAUAACUCUUGACUAUACUCUAAUUCCAUUAUACCUUUUAAACCUUGUCUUGCUUUGUGCAUCUUUUUUUGUUGUUGCUGCACUUCACCAUUAAAGCUACCACCUUACAUGAUUCAUAAACUGGUAUAUUACCCCUUACUAAAUGAUAUACUUUCCACAUCCCAGGAUGUAUUCUUUUUUAAAAGCUUGUACAUAUGUCCUUUUUUUUAUUUAUUAAUGGCUAGCAGAACAUUCCUGGAAUUAAGUUAUAUUUAUUUACAUUAUUGUAACCCUUCUCAUUUAUUCCACUUCAUUGUUACUUUAACUCUAUCAUUAUUAGUAUUGCUUUGCGUAGUACUGUUAUCAUCAUCAUCAUUAAAAUUAUUAUUACUUCUAUUUCAAAAAUACAAUAAAGGGUUGAUUAAUACAAAGAAUUAUCAGGGGAUAUACCGGUAGUAUACGAGUUUCAUGUGUUGCUUACAUGUGCAUCAGUAUACAUAAAAAACAUCAUCUUGCAAUGAGCUUAGGGUAACUUUGGUGUACCAUGUCAAGGUAAUAUUACUGAGAAGGUGCACAUACCAUUCUGAACUUACAGAGUAAAACUUGACAGGUGUAUUAUUUAUACAGGGUUUGGUUUGUUUCGGAAAUGAGUGACUUACAGAAUUAAUGCAUACAUGUUUAUUUGUCUUUAACAAUAACAUCCAGGACAGUUUCAUUUUAAAAAUCUUUUUGCUGAUACAUUUGUAAGUUAUGUUGCUGUAUACACAAUGUAGGCCCUGUACAAUAAACAUGAUACAUUUUAUUUUUACUAUUAAUUGUAACUUACUGUACAAUCAAUUGGAUCUUUAUGUUGAUGGGCCCAGAUGUUAUGAUCUGGUCACUUUUGUUGAUGACCCACCUGAGUUAUGCACGGUUCUGACUUGCAUUGUUUUGUAUUGUAUCAUCUUCUAUGAUCAGGUUUUUUCCCAUCUUAAAUUUUGCUUGUGUCUUGAUUUUCUUUAACUUUAUUUCAUUUUAUAAUAUUUGCUGGUUUUGUUAUUUUCAUUUUCAAUGCUCAGUUCUUCAUCAACGCAUAUUAUUUUGUUAUGUAUUUGUGUUAUUUUUAUUUCCAUGUAUACAUUUUUGUAGUCCUUUCUACUCUUUAUUUAUACAUGUAUAUAGAUAUCCACUUCCUCACUUUUUAUGAAAUUUUUUGCCGAAUGUUUAUCUAAUUUACAUUUUUGUUAUUUCUUGGAAUGAAUAGUAAUUUAUUUCAUAUUCACAUCAGCAUGUCCAAUGUUGCUUGGUUUUAUUUUGGCCUGGACAAGUGAUAAAAUGGUAAAUAGUUCAUCUAGAUGAAUUAAUUUUUGUUUCCUCUGUGUAUGUACUUUUUUUCUGGCUGAAGUACUUUUUUCUUGAUCCAUCCCACUUUUGAUGAAGUACAAGUUUUCUUUUUUUUUUUGUAAAAUAUUACAAGUAGUAUGAUUUGAGUUGUUUUUACAUACUUUUCUUGAAAUUAUGAUUAGAUUUGUACCAAUCUGUUUAUUUUCUUUUCAUGCAAUUCUGUGCGUUACGAUGUCAUAUUUUUUAUAAUUCUCAGUUGAACAUGAGGUAUUUUGCACUUAGUUGUUCUCAUUUAUUCAGCUCAUUUGUUAAAGAAUAAUGAUAUUAAUGGUAAUACAAUUCUUAUCUACCCAGGAUAGUCACUUCAAGCAUGACAUAUUAUGUUAUGAUACCCUAGCUUCUCCAUUCCAAUAUGCCACACACCUGGCUAAGUAAGGCAGAAAGUCCCAUUUAAAAAAAAAAAGAAGAGCCAUUAGUAUGGCUCUGCCUUGGCUCAAACCCGAAUCCUUCCAUUCACGAGGGGUUGUUCUACCACUAAGCCAACAUAUACAUAGUAUAGCUCUCUUGAAUUUACUUCUUGCAAUAUAGGUUAAUGUACUAGUUUUUGUUGUACUAUUGUGUUUGUAUAUUUUUCGUUGCCCUUUAUUCUUUAUUAUUGCAAUCUUAGUGCGUGAUAGAAUUUUCAAUGUAAUUUACACUGAGGCCUAGUGAAGCUGAAAUGUCCUUUAGAUCUUGUAAAAAUCUAAUUUCAUGUUUAUUUGAAUCCUUGAAUUAUUUAUUCAGGACCUUGCCUCAAUCUCAAAAAUGACUCUUAUAUGCAUGCAUCAAUGUAUGUUUUAUAUUUUAUAUUCUGUAAUUAAAUCUUUAUGCAAGGCAUUGAAAGGUCAGUGAACUUUGGACUGACCCACAAAGUGUUUCAUGGGUGACACGACAUAAGCUCCUGCGACAUUUCCUCCGUUCAGAUUCAGAUGGCAUAGGAUAAUAGUUAAGAUUGUAAUUGAGUUUUGGGUUCAGAAUAAUGUAAAGAUAAGGAUUAGGGUUUAUUUAGUUUUGGAGGUUAGGCUUUAUGUUUGAUUUAACGUGCAUGAUUUCCUUGGGAGCAAUUGUCGCCGGAGAUUUUGUCAUGGAACCGUUUCACAAAUUUGUUCGUAAGUUAUGCAUGACUUUAUGUACAACUUCACGCCAUAAUUAUGAUCAGAAUGCAACUUUCAUAUUCUUAUCUUAGGUGAUGGACGGGUAUGAUGUAAAAUUCCAACUAGGUAAUUGUAAUAUGGAAUUUGAUUAAUCGUACAUCUACUAUUGGGAAAUUUGGGGGCUUUCUUGACUAGUUAUUGGGAAAUUUUGUGGCUUUCUUGACUAGUUAAUCGAAUAAAUCAGUGAUAAAGUUAAUUGAUUUCUAUUAUUCGAUGUCUUACCAAGUGAAUUGUGAAUUUUUUAACACAAAUUUCUAUUUCCGUGUCAUCCUGAACAUUGCAUGAUAAUCUAUGAAUACUGUUGCAAUACAAUGUAUACUUAGUGAUGUCAAAUAAUACCCAUGUUGCGUACCGUGAGCUGAUUAUUUCUUUAGAUUUGUUUUCAAAGAGAAGAAUUUAUGACAUAAAUAUUGCUUCCUCGCAUUGGGAGCCAAUAAAAUAUAAUAUUUCUUGUCUAAA